AAAAAAAAGACCCAACAAAAACACGUCCCAAGAACUCGAAUCCGAUAAAUUUGGACUCAUCCCUGUAGUAAUUUCCAAUGUCUCAAUCUCCCUCUCUCUCUCUUGAAUUGGCUCUGAAUCUGUGUCUUGAUUUUUCAACGACCCAUAAGGGUUGAUCUAGUAGAUUGAGAGGAUUGGUCUGUAAGAAUUGGCAUUACUCAGUCGUGAUCAGUUGGUUUAUAGUCCGGAAUCGGGCAUUAUUUGGAAGUAUACUUCUAGAUUUCUCUCUUUUUUGUGUUUUUUUAAUUGGAUAGUUGAUCCAUUGGUGGACAUUGAAACUUGGGGAUCUGAAUUUUGUAUCUCACAUUUGUUUAUGGUGGAUAUCUAUUAGUUUUCACUGUAUCUUCAGAAUUACGUGCGUCCGAUGGUAAAAUCGAGUGGGAAGAGAUGUAGCUGCCUUAUUUGGGACAUGUGACGGGUUGUUGUUUCACUGUUUGUGGCAAUAGUUCAGAUUCAUGAUAAUGUGUAUAGAAGCUCGUAUGUUAUGAUAGGUGGUUUUUCCCGUUCUUUGAUAUAUGUAUUCGAGGAGUUAUUUAUUUAGUGGGUUUUCUUAACUUGAUUCUUGGAGUGGGUUGCACAAUUUGAACAUGAGAAGCUUUUGGUUCAAUAAACUCUCUGUCAUUUUUGGCCCGAGACCACCGGUCAGCUGGUUACUCUUGUGCCUUGUUAGCUUGCUCGCACUAAUUGCAGUUUUAGGAUCAACUUCUUCUAAUGCCUUCGACUCUGUAACUCCUACACCAGUACCGGACAUUUAUUUAAACUAUAGAAGGCUAAAGGAGCAAGCAGCGGUUGAUUAUUUGGAGUUGAAGUCUCUCUCACUUGGAGCUAGUGGGCAAAGAGAGCUUGGCCUUUGUGGCAAAGAAAGAGAGAAUUACGUGCCUUGCUACAACGUUUCAGCAAAUUUGUUAGCUGGGUUUAAAGAUGGGGAGGAGUUUGAUCGGCAUUGUGAAGUUCUGAGAGAUCGAAACCAGUGUUUGGUUCGCCCUCCCAAGGACUAUAAGAGUCCCCUGAGGUGGCCUGCUGGCAGGGAUGUGAUAUGGAGUGGAAAUUUGAAGAUAACCAAAGACCAAUUUCUUUCAUCUGGAAGCAUGACCAAAAGGUUGAUGUUACUUGAAGAAAAUCAAAUUGCCUUUCACUCCGAGGAUGGAUUGAUCUUUGAUGGUGUUAAGGAUUAUUCUCGCCAAAUUGCUGAGAUGAUAGGGUUAGGAAGUGACUCUGAUUUUCUUCAAGCUGGUGUGCGUACUGUACUCGAUAUUGGUUGUGGAUUUGGUAGCUUUGGAGCUCAUUUAGUCUCACUGAAGUUAAUGGCUGUUUGUAUUGCGGCUUAUGAGGCAACUGGCAGUCAGGUCCAAUUGGCACUUGAGAGAGGUCUUCCAGCAAUAAUUGCAAGCUUCAUUUCAAGACAGCUUCCAUAUCCAUCCUUGUCAUUUGACAUGGUUCAUUGUGCUCAGUGUGGUAUUGUUUGGGACAAAAAAGAUGGGAUUUUACUCAUUGAAGUUGACCGGGUGCUCAAGCCUGGAGGUUACUUUGUGUUAACCUCACCCUCAGGCAAGCUACAUGGAACAGCAGUGGGUAAAAGGAAGAGAAAUGUGUUAACUCCAAUGGAAGAAUUGACCCAAGAAAUCUGUUGGAGUCUUCUAGCGCAGCAAGAUGAAACUUUCAUCUGGCAGAAAACUGUGGAUUCUGAUUGUUAUGCCUCUCGCAAGCAGAGUGCUAUACCACUUUGUAAAGAAGGGCAUGAUGUUCAGUCAUAUUAUCAGCCCCUUGUAUCAUGUAUAAGUGGGACCUCUAGCAACCGCUGGAUUCCAAUCCAGAAUAGAUCUGCUGGUUUGCAAUUGAGUGCAAGUGAGCUUGAAGUUCAUGGAGUUCUGCCCGAGAAUUUCUUUGAAGACUUACGGGUUUGGAGAUCAGCUCUGAAAAACUACUGGUCUCUGCUUACACCCUUAAUUUUCUCAGACCAUCCAAAGAGGCCCGGCGAUGAGGACCCAUUGCCCCCAUUUAACAUGAUACGCAAUGUGAUGGACAUGAAUGCCCAUUAUGGAGGUUUAAAUGCUGCAUUUUUGGAGGAAAAAAAAUCGGUAUGGGUGAUGAAUGUUGUACCCAUCAGAGCUCAUAAUACACUUCCUCUUAUACUUGAUCAAGGCUUUACUGGGAUUAUGCAUGACUGGUGUGAACCUUUCCCAACAUACCCCAGGACAUAUGAUAUGCUUCAUGCAAAUGGGCUCCUUUCACAUCUCAGUUCAGAGAGCUGCAGUGCAAUAGACUUGUUCUUGGAGAUGGACCGGAUGUUGCGACCUGAGGGAUGGGUUGUUCUUUCCGAUAAAGUAGGAGCUAUAGAGAUGGCACGCAUGCUUGCUACACAAAUACGGUGGGAAGCAAGGGUGAUUGACCUUCAGAACGGCAGUGACCAACGGCUGCUUGUUUGCCAGAAACAAUUCAUCAAGAAAUGAUAGAUUCAGCAUCUAGAGGUCUCAUCUCUGUAAACAUGUACACAUCUUUGCUCUGGUAAUUCUUUAAAUCUGCCAGGAAAUUCGGAAAAGUUCAGGUGGAUAUAGUAUUCAGUCAAUAAUGACCUGAUGUUCCUGUUGUAGAGUCAGCCACACACCCUACGAGAAUUGGAAAAGUAAAUUUAAAACCAGGAAAAAAAAUUGUGAGGUUUGCGUCAGCUGUGGCUGACUUAAAGCUGGUCUAGGCUUUGGAAGGUCCAUCUUUGCCUUUGCACUACAGAAUGAAACAUAAUAGCUAUUUGGUUACUUCCCUGUUGAAAGCAGUUUAUUGCACAAUAACAGAGGCAGCAACUAAAACAACUAUUUGAGCGUGUUCAAUGUUUAUAGCACAUUCUAAAUGAGGUUCUUGAAUGAUUUUUAUGUGUGUUAGCUUCA